AUGAAUUUCCGUCAUACUCUAUAUCCAUCUUACAAGAACAACCGUCCCCCUACACCUGAUACCAUAGUUCAGGGGCUUCAAUAUUUGAAAGCAUCCAUCAAGGCUAUGGCUGUUAAAGUGAUUGAGGUACCUCGUGUAGAAGCCGAUGACGUGAUUGGAACAUUGGCUGUGAGGAGUGUUGAUGACAGGUUCAAGGUACGAGUCGUUUCCCCAGAUAAAGAUUUCUUUCAGAUCCUCUCCCCCUCUUUACAUCUUCUACGAAUAGCACCACGCGGAUUUGAGUUAUAUGGUUUCAAAGACGGAUUUGUUAAAUACAUACCCACGGCUUAA